CACACUGCCAGUGUGAGAGAGCGGUGCUGAUUCAGGGAAUGACAUUUUUUCAUUGUUUGGAGAAAACUCCCCGGUCAUUCUUUGGAAUCUGGGGGAACGUUGGAUUGGCACCGACCCAGACCUUGGAUUUGUCAAGAACGCCUGUGAGAGUCUUCGCUGGAAUCGUUUUGCCAGCCAGGAGGCUUGCGAGACUGUGAACUUCUAUAUAUUGACCCAACCCGUUAGUUUGCUAACAUUAGCGGUAGCCAAGCUAAUUAGAUAGCUAGUUUUGUACCAGAUCCAAGGGGAGAGGUGCAUCACAUUUCAGCUGGUCGGUUUACAGUAGCAUCAUUUUUGCAACUAGACAGUUGAUAUUUUCAAUUGGCGUGCAUUUGUUCUUGUAUACUUUUAAGUGUUUAGUAGCAAUUUUGGUAACAAGCUAACGUUACUUGUUUGAGACAUGCAGGUAUCGUUGGCUAAAGGUGGCUAGACAGCUUGUUAGCUUAGUCUGCAAAUCUGAGUUUUGUUUUUAAUUAGAAAAACAAUGCCGCUAAUGUCAUGUUGUUCAUGUAGUCUGUAUGAGAUAUAGUAGUGCCACAAUAUGACAAAGAAACUUGUUGCCAUCCAUAAAUAUAUAAUAAGCCGCGCUGUCUCAGAGCGCGUUGUUCAUGGUCUGGUGUUGGAUUUAGUCUGAGUGAAGACAAUCGUAACGUUACUGGCUAUUAUUAAAUGCUGGUCCCCGCAAAUACGUUAUGUUGGAUGGAAAGAUACAAGUUUUAAUAUAUGACGUCUUGCAAGUAAAUUGAAGAAAGAAGCUUGUUGGGUAACGUAAACAGAUAUUUUGUGUUGCCGAAUGGAACGAAUUGUACCUAGUAACGUGAACCCAAUACUCAGACGCUAGCCUGGACUUGGGGUAACGUUGAUGUUACCUUCAGAUCAUUGAAGUUAACCUUGUUUGUGUAAUAAUUUUAGUGGUCAAUUUACGAUUUUCAACUCGGGUGUUAGAAGCUUAGUUUUCGCUGUGUAACAUUAGGUGCGUCAACCUUAUCACUAUUGAUUUCAGUGAGUCCGUCGACGACGGCAACUCAGCGGGAAUAUGCAAUGUGGUUGUGCUUCGAACCAUUUCAACUAACGCAAGCUGAAGCCAAAUACUGAGCUUUUGGAAGGACAAUGGCUGCCAGACUUGGAAACAAUCUAUAUCUGGAUGGAUUCUAACGUGUCUUGGACCUGCAUAUCUUGGACUUAAUUAAAAGCAGCCUGUCAGGUUUAAUUUCAGCCACAAUAGCACGGAAACACACAUUCGGUCACCAUGGGCGAGAGCAGCCUGAGCGACUCCAAUGUGAAGGUCGCUGUAAGAGUCCGACCUUUUAACAGGAGGGAAAAGGACCUGAACACAAAAUGUGUGGUGGACAUGGAGGGCAACCAGACGUUCCUGCAACCCGCCGGCACGAACCUGGGAAAAACAGACAGCAGAUCUCAGCCAAAGGUCUUUGCCUACGAUUACUGCUUCUGGUCGAUGGACGAGUCGGAAAAAGACAAAUUCGCUGGUCAAGAUGUGGUGUUUCAGUGCCUCGGAGAAAGCCUUCUGGACAAUGCCUUCCAGGGCUACAACGCCUGCAUCUUUGCCUACGGUCAGACAGGUUCGGGGAAGUCGUACACCAUGAUGGGCUCGGUGGACCAGCCCGGCCUGAUCCCGCGGCUGUGCAGCACGCUGUUUGAGCGCACGCUGAAGGAGCAGCGCGAGGAGGAGAGCUUCACCGUGGAGGUGUCCUACAUGGAGAUCUACAACGAGAAGGUCCGAGACCUGCUCGACCCCAAAGGGAGUCGACAGGCCCUGAGAGUGAGGGAACACAAAGUGCUGGGGCCGUACGUGGAUGGGCUCUCUCGUCUCGCAGUAGCCAGUUACAAGGACAUCGAGUCCCUGAUGUCGGAGGGGAACAAGUCUCGCACGGUGGCCGCCACCAACAUGAACGAGGAGAGCAGUCGCUCCCACGCCGUGUUCAACAUCAUCCUCACACACACCCUCAAAGACCUCAAGUCAGGGACGAGUGGGGAGAAGGUGAGUAAGCUGAGUCUGGUGGAUCUGGCCGGCAGCGAGCGAGCCGCCAAGACAGGAGCCGCAGGAGAGCGGCUAAAAGAAGGCAGCAACAUCAACAAGUCCCUGACCACACUGGGUCUGGUCAUCUCUGCGCUGGCGGACCAGGGAGCCGGGAAGAACAAGACCAAGUUUGUGCCCUACAGAGACUCCGUACUUACAUGGCUACUCAAGGAUAGUCUUGGUGGCAACAGUCGCACGGCGAUGGUUGCCACGGUGAGUCCGGCAGCAGACAACUACGACGAGACGCUGUCGACGCUUCGCUACGCCGACCGCGCCAAGAGCAUCGUCAACCACGCCGUGGUCAACGAGGACCCCAACGCACGCAUCAUACGGGAACUCCGAGAGGAGGUGGAGAAGCUCAGAGUCCAGCUCACCCAGGCUGAGUCCCUUAAAGCGCCGGAGCUGAAGGAGAGGCUGGAGGAGUCGGAGAAGCUGAUCCAGGAGAUGACCGUCACCUGGGAGGAGAAACUGAGAAAGACGGAAGAGAUCGCUCAGGAGCGUCAGCGUCAGCUGGAGAGUCUGGGCAUCUCGCUGCAGUCCUCUGGUAUCCGUGUUGGAGAGGACAAGUGCUUCCUGGUCAACCUCAACGCUGACCCCGCCCUCAACGAGCUGCUCGUCUACUACCUGAAGGAGCACACGAAGGUGGGUUCAGCCGAUUCGCAGGACAUCCAGCUGUGUGGGAUGGGCAUCCAGGCGGAACACUGCGUCAUCAACAUCACGUCGGACGGCAGCGUGCUGCUCUCACCCUACCGCAACUCACGAACGUGUGUCAAUGGUUCCCCGGUAACCAGCCAGCAGCAGCUUCACCAUGGCGACCGCAUCCUGUGGGGCAACAACCACUUCUUCAGGAUAAACCUCCCCAAGCGUCGGUUACGGGGUGAGGAGGAGGAGGGCGAGGGCAACAUGAAGACCAGCACCAGCAACGAGCAGCUGGACGGUGACGGCGACUCGGCCAGCGAGGUGUCCAGCGAGGUCAGCUUCAGCUACGAGUUCGCCCAGACCGAGGUCAUGAUGAAGGCGCUCAGCAGCAACGACCCCAUGCAGGCCGUGCUGCAGAGCCUGGAGCGCCAGCACGAGGAGGAGAAGCGCUCGGCGCUGGAGCGGCAGCGGCUGAUGUACGAGCAGGAGCUGCAGCAGCUGCGCAAGCGGCUGCACCCCGACCGCCAGAGCACGGGCGGCGGCUCGCAGACGCUCUCGCAGACGCAGCCCUCGCAGCACGCCCAGGGGGCGCAGUACCGCAGCUGGGAGCGCCUCAGCGUCGGCUCGUCGUCCGCCAGCGCCCAGCAGAGGCUGCGCCAGUGGAGCGAGGAGAGGGAGGCGGUUCUGACUCGGACGCUGCGUAAGCUGCGGGAGCAGAUCGUCAAGGCCAACCUGCUGGUGCAGGAGGCGGGCUUCAUCGCAGAGGAGCUGGACAAGAAGACCGAGUACCGGGUCACUCUGCAGAUCCCCUCCGCUAACCUCAACGCCAACAGGAAGCGUGACGCGGUGCUGAGCGAGCCGGCCAUCCAGGUGCGGCGUAAAGGGAAGGGCAAGCAGAUCUGGGCCCUGGAGAAGAUGGAGAACCGCCUGGUGGACAUGAGGGAGCUCUACCAGGAGUGGAAGGACUACGACGACGACAACCCGGUGAUGCGCUCCUACCUGAGGCGAGCCGACCCCUUCUUUGACGAGCAGGAGAACCACAGUCUGAUCGGGGUGGCCAACGUGUUCCUGUCGUGUCUUUUCUACGACGUCAAGCUGCAGUACGCCGUGCCCAUCAUCAACCAGAAGGGAGAGGUGGCGGGGCGUCUGCACGUGGAGGUGGUGCGUGUGGCUGGCGGUGUGGAUGAGAGCAUGGCGGGCGGAGACGACAGCGAUGGCAGCCCAGAGGGGGAGAUGCAGGAGAGGAAGCUCGUCUGCAUGAUUAAGAUCCUGCAGGCCACGGGUCUUCCCCAGUACCUGUCCAACUUCGUGUUCUGCCAGUACUCCUUCUGGGACCAGGCCGAGCCAGUCAUCGUGGCCCCCGAGGUGGACCCCUCCGCCUCCUCCCCCACCAGCAAAGACCCCCACUGCAUGGUGGUGUUCGACAGCUGCAAGGAGCUGGCUGUGGCGGUGACGGAGGACUUCAUCGAGUACCUGACGGAGGGGGCGGUGGCCAUCGAGGUGUUCGGCCACAGGCAGGCGGACCCCGGCCGAAACCCCGCCCUCUGGGACCUCAGCAUCAUCCAGGCCAAGACGCGCACGCUCAGGGACAGGUGGAGCGAGGUGACGCGUAAGCUGGAGAUGUGGGUGCAGAUUCUGGAGCUGAACGAGGUUGGCGAGUACAUGCCCGUGGAGGUGGUGCCCGCCAGGGACGUCCGCACAGGGGGCAUCUUCCAGCUCCGACAGGGCCAGUCUCGGCGUAUCCAGGUGGAGGUGCGGUCGGUGCAGGACUCGGGCACCAUGCCGCUGAUUGUGGAGGCGGUGUUGGGCGUGUCUGUGGGGUGUGUGGAGAUACAACAGGCUCGGCUGCUCAAAGGCAACGACAACCAGCAGCCUGAAGGCGACGAAAUGGACAGUUAUCAGGAGCGAGACCUGGAGCGGUUGAGGAGGCAGUGGCUAACGGCGCUCACCAAGAGACAGGAGUACCUGGACCAGCACCUGCAGACACUGGUCAGCAAAGCUGACAAGUCUGAGGAUGACGUGGAGCGGGAGGCUCAGCUGCUGGAGUGGCGUCUCACACUGACGGAGGAGAGAAAUGCAGUAAUGGUGCCCUCUGCUGGCAGCGGCAUACCAGGAGCCCCGGCCGAGUGGGUGCCUGUCCCAGGGAUGGAGACACACAUCCCCGUGCUCUUCCUGGACUUGAGUGCGGAUGACUUCAGCUCCCAGGAGAACUUGGAGGCGCCGGACGCGGGCGGCUGGGACGCCAUGCUCAACGCCGAGGACGAGGACGACUUCUUCGACCUGCAGAUCGUCAAGCACUACGACGACGAGGUGCGUGCGGAGGCCUCGUGGGACUCGACGGUGCACGAGUGUCCGCAGCUGAGUCGCGGGGCGUCGCCGGAGCAGCGCGUCUACCUGACCAUCCGCGCCGUCGUCCAGCUCAGCCACCCCGCCGACAUGCAGCUGGUGCUGCGCAAGCGUGUGUGUGUCAACCUCAACGCACGGCAGCAGGGCUUUGCCCAGAACUUCCUGCGAAGGAUGUCGACACGGAGCACCAUCCCGGGCGGUGGCGUGACGUUCGAGGUCGUGUCCAACAUUCCUGGGGAUGCCCAGGGCUCAGAGGACCGGGAGAUGCUCGCCCGCAUGGCCGCCAGCGCCGAGAACCCCAAGUCCUCCGACAACGAGGCGGCCAUCGAGAAGUACCUGCGCAGCGUUCUGGCCGUGGAGAACAUCCUGACUCUGGACAGACUGCGGCAGGAGGUGGCAGUGAAGGAGCAUCUGGCUACUAAGGGCAAGGGGAGCAGAAGAAGCUUGAGCUCUCCGAGUGUGCACCGGCUGUCUGGAAGUAGACAGGACCUUAACUCCACGCUGGACGACAACAAGAGCCGAUGGGAGAGCCAGCAGGACAUCUUUAUGACCUCCCCCCAGUUCAGCCGCACCCUCCCCAGAACCUCAUCUGCACACAGCCACAACCAGAUGCAGAUGCAGAACCAGAUGCAGAACCAGAUCCAGAAUCAGAAUCAGAAUCAGAAUCAGGAUUCUGAACAAGCAGGUCUCUUAGGGAUCGCUGCCUCUUUUCUCCCCCCAGUCAAGGCCGUGGUGCCUCAGAUGCCCAAGCUGCUCAAGUCCCUGUUUCCUGCGCGGGACGACAAGAAGGACCUGCGGCCGUCUCCCGUCUCCCAACAGCACACGCCCAGGAUCAUGAUGCAAACCAGCGGCAACUCGGACGAUAGCCGAGCCAGGCUAGAGCCGGUGACUGUCCAAGGCAGAAGCCCGGGCCCCGAGCGCCAGUCGGACAGCCCCGACGCGCUCCCCUGCUCGGCGCAUGACCCUCCGCAUGACACCCCCCUCAGCCCCAUCAGCGAGGCCUCCAGCGGCUACUUCUCCAGCAGCGUCUCCACGGCGACGCUCAGCGAGGCGGCCGGCACCGUCCCCGACGCCACCACCACCACCACUGACCCAGUAACCCCCCCUCUCCUCCACCCCACCACCUCCUCUUCCUCCUCCUCCUCCUCCUCCUCUGUCGCCCACGUAGAAGCUUCCGGGCUAAAGCCCCAGAGGACGGCGGGAGCGCGGGAGUCCGGUCCGGCCGAGCGCAACGGCGUGGCCCCGGCGCCUCUGCUCCGGCCGUCGGGUCAGAACAGCGCCACGACGGGCCCUCUGCGGGUCCGUCAGUCGGAGCCCAUCCGACCAAUGAGAGGAGGAGAGGACGCCCAGGAGGACGGGGGGAGGAAAGGAGGCGGAGGAGUAGGAGGAGGAGGUGCUCUGGAGAAGCUGGAGAUCCUGUCGGACGAGGAGGCGGCCGGGCAGGGCCAGGGGGAGGUGGAGGUGGAGGUGCCCGCCUGGCUGAGAGUGGGCGAGGGGGUGACGCUGGGCGGAGGCAAGACGGGCACCGUGCGAUACGUGGGCCAAGCCGACUUCUCCGACGGCACCUGGGUCGGAGUGGAGCUCGACACGCCCGCAGGGAAGAACGACGGUUCCGUGGGCGGUCGGCAGUACUUCCGCUGUAACCCGGGUUUCGGGGUUCUGGUGCGGCCCGACCGGGUGUCCCGGCGCGAGGGAGGCCGGAGGCACACCGAGAACCGCUCCAGCGGAGACUUCACCCGCCACGCGGUCCUGUCCCGGCCCAAGAUCGCGCCAGAACCGGCUGCCCAGCGCAGAGAGAACCGCAAGUCGUGGAGCAGCUGAGAGCGAUCGGGCCCAGUGCUGUCCGGUCUUGUCCGGUUCGGUCCAGCCUGCGAGGAAGAGACCACUGAGACGCCCCAGCAACAUCCCGCCCCCCCCCCCCACUCCCCACCAGACCCUGAAGUUCUUCAACUCUACAGAACACCUGCCCACCCCACCCCAACCCCAUUAUAGAAAAAUAUAGUUUUUUUUAAAUCCUUAACAGCCCCUUGUUGUUGUCCUAUCACUCUUGAGGUCAUGCCUGCUGCUGUCUCCUGAAUUACUGUGCUGUGGUGGGUACCCCCCCCCCCCCGUCUUGUCAGCAGCGUCAGCAUCCUGCUCCCCUGGGAGCCGUACAGGGCGUCCUUGAGCUCCGGCGCUGCGUCGGAAUAUCAAUGAAAAGAGCGGAGCGGAGCAGCGCCUCUCCUCGCCUCGCGUCUCGUCUCGUCUCAGUCUGGAGCUCUCCUUGAGUUUGACCGCUUUAGUAUCGGCCACAGAUCAGCUGCCUGAGCCUCCGCAAAUGGGGUUUGUGCUCUCCGCUGGUGAAAUAUCACUCCCCCCCCCCCCCCUCCCCCUCCCUCUCUCCCUCUCU